AUGUGGAACGUGUCGGAUCUCCUCCGCGGCAUCACAACCAUGAGCAUGUUGACUGAAUGGUCCGCGGUCUUCCGGACCCCAAUGUCCAUCGCCAAGACGGUCUUUCACAAGUUUGUUGGCUACCUGGAGGCGCAGGCCUCCGAGCUGAUCUGGAAACCACGGUGCUCCGCGACGAUCACGUGGGAGCAGACGCAGGGUAUCUCUGCCAAGAACAAGACAUCCAAGUACACAGGUCCCCAAGGUGACUGGAGUCAAGGAUACGGUUACAUCGCCCGCGAUGGUUUCUGCCCAGCAGCGACAAUUGCUUUGCAGAGCCGGGUUCCGGACCGGACCGCAAAUGGUGACUGGUGCACUGAAGAGUUUGGUCUGUAG